AUGGCCGAGCCUCCACAGCACCCAGAGUCAAAACAAGAGACACCUCCAUCCAUCCCAACGACACAGCCAGAUCAUCCCAGCGAGAACCAGCCCCAAGUGAUAGCCGAAGAUGCGGACUCGGACCCAGACUUUGACGACCUCGAUGAUGUGCUCGACCAAUUCUCCGCUGCGACAGCCUCGCAAUCAAAAUCGCAAUCGCAAUCGCAACCUAUCCCGUCCUCGUCUGGACCAGGCAGACCAGCAGCGGGCGCCUCCAGUACUUUAUCGUCCGAGUCCGCACUUCCUCCAGACAUCUCAAUCCCCGAAGGUCCUCGCGACUCGGAAAGCGAAGAAGAAUUCAUGGCGCGACUAACGGCAGAGAUGUCGAACGUCAUGACCAAGAUGUCAUUAGACCCGGCCGCUUCGGCCGCCACGCCGGAAGACAUAGCCAAAAUGGGCCGCGAACUAGAAGAGUUCACGUACAAAAUGGAAGCGGAGGGCGUCAAACCGGAGGAUCUGCUGAAAGCCAUUCUGGGCGAGGACGCAGGCACACAGGUCGCCGAGAUGGCCGAGUCAGAGCGCGAGCGCGAACACGAACAUGAACGACAAAAGAGCGAAUCCAAACCGACAUCAAUACCGAAAUCCCAAAGUCCACAAACGAAAUCGAAUACCAAAUCCAAAGCCAGCCCCAAAUCUCCGAGCGUUGAGGAAGUGGUCCCAUCAGCAUCAACAUCAACAUCCACCACCAAACCAACACCGCAACAACAAAAACCAUCCAAGCCAAGCUCGUCAUUCGAAGACACCAUCCGCAAGACCAUGGCGCGCAUGGAAUCCUCCUCCGCAGCAGCGACCAGCGCGACGGCCCAAGCCUCAGCCACCAAGUCGGAAGAAGACAUGCUAGCGGAGAUGUUACGCGCGCUGGAAUCCGAAGGCGGAGCCGGUCUCGGCGACGGAUCCGACGGCGGCGACCUGUCCAAGAUGUUUUUGGGCAUGAUGGAGCAGCUGACCAACAAGGACAUGCUGUACGAGCCCAUGAAGGAGCUGAGCACCAAAUACCCCGCGUGGCUGGUGCAGAACCGGCCGACCCUCGACACGGCCGAGUUCGAGCGCUUCUCGCGCCAGCGCGUCAUCGUCGACGAAAUCGUCGCCAAGUUCGAGGAGCCCGCGUACAGCGACGACAGUGCACAGUGUCGAGAGUUUGUCUGGGAGAAGAUGCAGGCCAUGCAGGGCGAGGGCGCGCCGCCGGAGGAUUUGAUUGCCAAUCCCUUCCCGGGCAUGGGCGGCGGCAUGCCGGGGCUGGGGUUGGGCGAUGAUGCCGAGAAGUUGGACGAAGGCUGUCCCACGCAGUGA